CACUUUUAUUAAAAUUAUUUAAAGAUACACUUUACUUAAAAUCAAAUUCGUCGUAAAAAAAAUUAGACCAUAUUAAAAUUAAAUCAAAAUGUCUGAUGAAAAAUCUUCAGAAUGUUCUGUAUGCAAACAACCUGCAGUAUUAAAAUGUUCUCUGUGCAAAGAUAUAGCAUAUUGUUGUAAAGAUCACCAGAAAAAAGAUUGGAAAAGUCAUAAAAAUUUAUGCCGCCCGUUUGAGAUUAAAACUGAUUCGAAAGUAGGACGCUAUUUAGUUGCGACCCGUGAAAUACCAAUUGAGCAAACAAUAAUACAAGAAUGUCCUAUUAUUGUUGGUCCAAAAACACAUACAGAAUUUGAACCACAUUUUAUACCAUGCGUUGGAUGUUAUAAACCACUUCCUGUCGAAAAUCCACCAUCGAGAUGUACUCAAUGUGGAUGGCCUGCAUGUGCAACACAUUGCCCUGGCCUAUUUAAUACCAAAGAGCAUGCUACUGAAUGUGCGAUAUUAAAAUUGCGUAAAAGUUUUGCGGUAAAUAAACUUGAUGACUUUUACAGAAGCUACGCUUUAACACCCUUACGAUGUUUAUUAUUACAAAAACGUGAUCCAAAAAAGUGGAAACAACUCAUAGAAAUGGAAUCGCAUAUUGAUAAACGUGGACCGGAUACUGAAAUAUAUCAAAUUAUUGAAGAAAAUCUUGUCGAAUAUCUAUAUAAAAAUUAUAUAACACCAUUAAAAGAAUUCGAAGACGAAUCAAACAUAAAAAUAUUAGAAGAUUGUUCACGUAAAACAAUACACAAAUUAUGCGGUGUAAUUGACACAAAUUCUUUGGAUAUACGUUUACCAAAUGGAGUUGAUAUCAUUGGCAUUUAUCCGACGCAAUUUUUAAUGGAACACAGUUGUAUGCCAAAUGUAAAACAUAUUUUCGAGCAAUCUGAUGACCCCACAAAACAAUAUCGUUUAUGUGUAAAGGCGGCCCGUAAUAUCCAAAAGGGUGAACAUCUUUUAAACAUGUAUACACACGCUUUAUGGGGAACGCAAGCACGUUUGGCACAUUUAAAAGAAACCAAAUACUUUUUAUGCGAGUGUGCACGAUGUAAAGAUCCAACUGAAUUUGGUACCUUCAUAUCCGCUUUAAAAUGUAUGGGAACAGAAACAAAACCCUGUACUGAUGGAUAUCAAUUACCGAUUAAUCCAUUGGAUUUACAAAGCGAAUGGAUGUGCAAUAAAUGUCAAUUUAAAAUUGAAGGUGAAACAGCCGAGUUUUUAACGAAUCAAUUAGGUGAAGAGAUUGAAAUGUUACAAGCAAAAGGUCCAAGUGUAAAGGAAUUAGAACAACUUUUACAAAAAUUUGCACAUUUUUUGCAUCCGAAUCAUUUUCAUAUUUAUGCGGCGAAACAUUCGCUAAUACAAUUAUAUGGAUAUCAACAAGGAUAUUUACCGAAACAAUUGAGUGUGGAUCAACUGAAACGAAAGAUGGGAAUGUGUCGACAGUUAAUUGACAUUACGGAAAAAAUUGAUCCGCAUUUUUGUCGAUUAUCAUUAUAUCAAGCAAUUACGUGCCAUGAACUUUUCUUAGCACAAUUUGAAUUAAUACAACGAAAUUGGGCUGAUCAAUGUUUUGAAAAGGAGCGGGAACCAUACAGGGAUAUGUUAAAAGAAUGUCGAGUAUUAAUAGAGAAAUCAAAGCAAGUAUUAGGUGGGGAAUUGCCUGGAUCGCCUGGUUUUAAAUUAGUGAAUGAUGUUUUUAAAAAUUCACAGAAAGAGUUAGAAAGAUGGAUUUAUGAUUUUAAAGUAAAUAUUUAAAUUUAA